AUGACAGCCUUCCCAUGGUCCGAAGAGGAGGCGUCCGAAGAGGAGGCCUGUGACAACUGCACGAAGCAGCUGCUGUGGCCCCCGGAGGUCACCGAUGCCAUUGAUGGCAUCUUCUCGCUCUUCUCACUCGACCCCGACAUGAACGUGGGCUUCAUGGCGCAGUGCCACGCCCAGAAGCUCUUUGGGGACAAGUGGUAUAAGGCUGCGAUGCUGGCGCCGGCUGUAUAUUACCUUUGCCUCCCGGUCCUGACCAUCCUUGCCACACUCCUCAUCUGCAGCAUCGUGGUCUAUGUUGUGCUUCCUUUGGCGAGAAUCUCUGGCCUCCUCUACCGGAAGGAGGCUGAGGCACUGGCCGACCGAGUUCUGGAAGUGCUGAAGCGUAAACGUCCGAAGGAUUCCACAGAGCCCGGCAUCGCGAGGCUGGUGACACUGGUGAAUGAGAGCUUGAAAGGGAAAGCUUUGGAGGAAAAGGACUUGAGCGACGUCCUGGACGCUCUAGACCCCACGAAGUUGGCAAAAGGGCCAAAGGUGGAAACGUUGCGACAUGCCGUAGUGGAGACGGGGGCCAGCGGCGUGUCCGUAGCGGAGCUGCUAGAGACAGACGAUUGCAAGAUAAAGGAGGCCAUAUGCAAACACUUGAGGCCAGAAAUGUAUCUAGGGCUUUUCAAGCCGGAGCCGCCCCCGCGGCGACUCCUGUGGGACAGCGUGCCGGUAAUAUGGUUGACUCUGAUGGCCUUGUGGCCCGAGCUGUUGGAGAAGUUUCUGCACAUGAUCCGCUGUGCUCCCAUGGUGGAGGACAGAACGGACGAACUCAAGAGUCCUGUUCAUCGGCUUCUGCCGCACCCUGACGUGUUGUGCCUGCGCGACAAUCAUGUUCCCCUAGCCGCGAUGUCAUUGUGUGGGCUCGUUACUUGGUGCUUUGGCUUGCCACUGGCCCUCUUUGCUCGGAUCUUAUUGCUGAGACAGAACAGGCAGGACCACGAAAAUCGCCGGAGGUAUGGCUACUUCAUUCAUGGAUUAGAGCCUCGCUUUUGGUACUGGGAUCUGGUGGUGAAGCGGGCGGACAUUGGCAUGAUGCUGGUGGUGGCCUAUACCUCCGUUGCAGAUGAUGUGAGGGCCAAGCUGCUGUUGUUUCCCAUCAUCUCAGGCAUCCAACUUGGCAUCACCACCUGGGUCAGGCCGUAUGCCAAUCCCCAAAGUGAGAUCCUCGACUUUCUGGAGUUUGUGCUACUGUGCGUGCGCUUCGUGCUCUUCAGCACCGUCGCUGCGUUGCUAAUCUUCUUGCCUUCGUCCAGCGUGGUGUGGAUUUGGGCUACGUUCUUGAUUGUCUUGCUCGCAGCGGCUGCUGCCUAUGCAGGACUGCACUUCCUGGCCCAGGUCCUUCGCACCGUGUCGAACGAGCUGAAGAUGGACACGGAGCAAGAAAUGCAAGAACCGCAGAUUGACUUCCCGAAAGUGCAAGGGACAAAGGAGAAAUUGAUGAAGGUGGCCCGAAUAUCGGUGGAUUGGCUGCGGACAAUGUUCGAACCUGAUGAGCAGCUCAAGUUCCGCUGGUCCGCGGACCAAGCGAUGCCAGACCUCUCGGAACCCAAUGAGAAAAAGGAGAGGCUCAUCCCACGACUUCGCAGAUGGAUGUCGAUGAUGUUGCGACUUGAUAUCUUCACUCAGAAGGGUGCGGCGAUAAAAGCAAUUCAGGAGUUCAACGAUCUUUGCAUACGACGCGUCCCUUACAAGAAGCUCCCGACUACUCGCAUGCUGUGCGCCCUUGCUGCGUCGAGCCAAGAGCUGCCAGAUAAAGUCAAAAUCGCGGACGUCUCCAACAAGUGGAAAGAGUCCCUGAAGAAGCUUGUGGAGGAGAAGAAGAAGAAGUGGGAGAUCGAGUCACAUGUCUUCACCAAUGCAGUGCAGAUGUUCGCGGUGCUCCCAGAAGAAGAGGCGUCGAAGCUGCUGGAGUUUGUGCAAGACACCGUCGAGCGGGAGGACGUCCACCACGUGGCCAUGGAGCCCCCAGUGGCCCUAGCACCUCCACCGCCCACAUCGCCCGCAUCGUCUAUGCUCCGGGCGAAGGCGAAGGAGGCUGAAGCAACGCUCGAGAUGCCGAGCAACGUCAGUGAGGAAGCGCCACGAUAUGGAUCUUUGCCAGGUUCUAUAGUUUGCUAG